AUACAUUUCCGGCACCCCUAGUUGCUAUCUUAGCACACAUGUUGAAAAUACAAUUUUCGUUUAAAGAAAUUUAGGGCCUGAAAUAUAAGUAUAAUGGAAGAAUAUGCUCGUGAACCAUGUCCUUACAGAAUAGUAGACGACUGCGGUGGAGCAUUUGCUAUGGGGUGCAUUGGAGGAGGGGUUUUUCAAGCCAUUAAAGGAUUUCGGAAUGCACCCUCAGGAAUAACCCGAAGAUUGGUCGGAAGUAUGACGGCUAUCAAAACACGCUCUCCAGUUAUUGCCGGAAACUUUGCUGUAUGGGGUGGAAUGUUCAGUACUAUAGACUGCACACUCGUGCAUUUACGAAAAAAAGAAGAUCCAUGGAACUCGAUAAUAAGCGGGGCUGCCACUGGAGGAAUAUUAGCUGCUAGAAACGGUAUUCCAGCUAUGGCUGGUAGUGCUGUAAUUGGAGGCGUUCUGUUGGCACUUAUUGAAGGUGUCGGCAUAUUAUUUACGAGAAUAUCUGCUGAUCAAUUUAAAAAUCCCAUGCCACCAACGGAGGAUCCCUCUGCUCUUGGUGAACCAACUCCUAACUUUUCAUUUGGAAAAAAUGAAAAACAAUUUCAAUAAUCAUAUUAAUACUUUAACGAAUGAGUUAUCAAAUGUUAACCACUUUAUAUUACAUAAAAAUAUAAACGAUGUAAUUUUUAAA